AUGACCGAUAUAGACAAAAACUCCACUAAAAAGAAGGGUGGCGGAAAAGAAGUGACCAGAACGGACAAAGGUGAAGGGAACGAGAAAUUAAAAGAAGCCGGGUUCGACGAGAAGGAAGGUGAUGAAUCAAAGGAUGAGGAUUUUGAAGACGAUGAUUGCGACGAAGGACUGGUUGAAGACGAUAAGGUUGAAGUUGGCGAAGGUGGUAAAAAAGAUGGUAACGAAGAUGAGGAGUUUGAAGACGUAGGAUGUGAUGACGAAGAAGACGUUGAGGGUGAAGAGUUUGAAGACGACGAAGGUGGUAGAGAAGGUGGAAACGAAAACGAGGAGUUUGAAGAUGUAGGAUAUGAUGACGAAAAURAUGUGGGUGAAGAGAUUGAAGACAACGAAUGUGAUGGCGAAGAAGAAGUUGAGGGUGAGAGUGAGGAGUUUGACGAGGAAGGUAGUAACGAUGGUGAUACUGAUAAUGACGAGGAGUUUGAAGAUGAUGAAUGCGGUAAAGAAGAUGGCAAUAAGAACGAGGAUGUGGAAGACGACGUAGUCGAUGACGAAGAAGAAGUCCAGGGUAAGGAGUAUGACGAGGAAGAAGGUAGAGACGGAAAAGGUGACGAUGAGCGUGCAGACGGUAAUUGUGCAGAAGAAGAAACCGAAGUUGCAAAAGAAAUGCAUAUUGCCAAAUCAUCAAUAAAGCCUGACCAGGGAAAUAAGAGGAGUCAAGGUAGGACUGAGGCAGAUAAGCUGGUGGACAGUCUUAGCCAAAGCUUUAUUCCCAGAAAAAAGAGAAGAUUACGAAGAAAGUAACCGGUGAAGGAAUACCUUUAUAGGAUGCAUGAUGGACGUAUUUAAUCUUACAACAUAUCGGCAAGCCCGCAUUUGCCUUCUCAGUGAAAAUCGAAAUCACCCGAUUAGUCAACUUGUAUGCUAUCAAAAAACCGUUUUGAAAUAGGUUUAUAAGCUAUUUUGGAAUGCAAAUAUGAUGAUAUAGUACUAGAUCAAAUGAUUGUCAGGACUG